GGAAGAGUGUUGUAUAAUUCUAAUAUUUAGUUAACCUCAAAUUGAUUGUACACUUUCGUUGUGCGUAAAUAACGUAAAGAUAUUAUACGAACAGUUCAUGUUUACUGUUUAUUAGAAUUUAGAAAUAAAAUGGUAUUUCUAACUGCACAACUAUUUGUGAGAAGUCGGGGUCCCGAUGAAUUCUGGCGAAAACGUCAAAUAUUCAAGCUCGCUGCGCAUUAUAUUGGUAGAAAAAGGAAUUGCUAUAGUAUAGCUAUUAAAAAUGUACAUAGAGCUUUACUAAAAUCUACAAAAGGAAGACAGCUUAAAAAGGAAGAUAUGAAAGAGCUUUGGGAGACUAGAUUAACUGCUGCCACAAUUCAACAUGGUAUUAAUCUGAAAAUCCUAUUAGAAGGAUUAACCAGAUGUAAUAUUUUACUCAAUCGUAAAUCUUUAACCGCUCUAGCUAUAUGGGAGCCACGAACAUUUAAAUGUUUAUCCGAUAUUGCUUGUGCAAAAACAAAACUAGGUGGUGUUAAGCAAGUUGCUAAUAAUCCUAUGCCUGAAACUGUUGUAGUUAAAGGAUUAAUUGAUGAAAUAGAUUGA